AUGGCCACAUCAGGAAAAAACACCCUCAAGUUGGACUCGCUCAACAAUGAAAUGUUUAAAGCGCUCAGAGAAAAAACGCUAAGUCUGAAGAAGGAGAAACUGCAUGUGCAGCUAUCCGGAAAUAAUUUAAACGUAACUCCAAUUGAGAAGUCAUGUCCCCUCACCUUUUUUAUGCUGAAGCAUAAAUACAAGAUAGACACGCAGAGUAUCCAAAUUAAGGUGGCAAAUACGGGCUCUGUCGGAGAGAGCAAUAUUCUAAGUGGAGCAAAUGCCAUCCCUAAACAAAGCGAACCCUCUCAUAGUGAUAAUAACCAUGGAGGUGGUGCCACCACAAAUGUAGGGGAGAAUAAUUCACCCAACAAGGAAAACAACGCAAACAUUAGCAGCGGCGUUAAUGCAACUGGAGGGACAAAUUUCUUGGACUCGUUCAUCCAAUUCAACAUCCCCGUUUUGAACGAAUUAGACCGAGCUUACUUCUACAAACACAUCAUUGAGAUAAUCGACACGCUCGCUGCAGACGUUGUGUACAGACACAGCAUAGGAGGAUACAAAAAAAACGACAAGUACAACUUUGUCACGGUUCUCUUUAACAACUUGAAGGUGUACGAGAAGAGCCAACUCCAUCAUGAGUUUUGUUUCUCCCUCUAUGAGCUGAAACCUCUUACUAUCAACUGUUACGUUGUCCACUCCGGGAAUACCUCUUACAUAUUGAAGCUAGAUUUCUUCCAAGAGAAUAAUCUAAUUUUCGAUAUAUACACAACAUUUGUAAAUAUAAAUAACAUAACAUUCAAACCGCAAGAAGUUGUGCCCGUGGUCAAUUCGCCUCAGAAUGAGAAGUACGAGAAGGUAAGCCUUUUUGCAGCGCACCUCAAGGAUGUGCAAAAUUUGUUUAAUCACAAGGACGUGAAAAAUAAAUUCUUACAACAGGAAGAUAUAAACUUCGUGCUGAAUUAUUUUAAAAAUACUCCAGUAGAAAAAAAGACCUAUGAAAAAAAUCAGUACCAAACUACGGACAUUUUUGAGUAUGACCAUGUUCAGGCGAAAUCGGCCAACGGGGUAUGCGUCUCAUCAGCUGAGGCUGGAAUGAACACGCAGGGGAAAAACGUUUUGACCAUCCUUGGACACAUUUUGGAUACAAACGAUAUAGCCUUCUACACGGGGAAAAAUAAUUUCUACUGCAAGGAUUCUUACAUCGAGUCGAAGAACUUCAUAUCGUCGGAAUUUAAAAACAUUCACAACGUCACCUUUGGCGGAUACCUCGCUUACCUUUCCUUCUGUCACGCCAUGACAGUAAUCAAGCACUAUGUUGCCCGCCCAGUUCUUAUCGAGUUAAACGAAAUUCAAUACAUUCUCCCCGUUCCCUGCAAUUCUAUCGUAUCGUUCAGAGGAAAAGUCAUUUACUGUGAUGCUGAUAAAAUUCAAAUAAAAAUUGCAGCUUACUGUUUUGACUUGAGAAAAAAUGCUUACUACUUAACCACCAUUUUCGACAUGUCCUUUGAAAAUAAUUCAGCCAUUUCGUUCAUUCCUCAGUCGGAGGAGGAGGUUAAGCUUUAUUUGUUAAGCUACAUCCGAUCGCAGCUACUCCCCUAA